AUGGAGGCCGCCCUGCUCAGCCUCGCCGCGUUCUGCAUGUUUGGUGUCCAGGCCGACGUGGAAGUGGAUCCAAAUUUCGACCUUAAAAGGUUUGCAGGAAAGUGGCACAUUCCGGCUCUCGCCUCCUCCGACCCGAUGCUCCAGAGUCUGAAGGACGUCAUCACGACACCCGCAGCCCGGAUUGUCUCCUUACCAAACGGCAACCUGGAGAUAGAAACUUAUUACCUUUUGGGAGACAAUUGCGAAGGGAUGAAAGGAAGUUAUAUGAAGACCGAGCAGCUGGGACACUUUACCGCAAGUGACGAGAAGGGCAAGAAGGACCUGCGGGUGCUGGCCAGCGAUGCCAACUUCGCCAUCAUCUACGUCCAGUGGGAGAUGAACGGGAUGCCCCCCAGCAGGACUCUCCAGCUUUACAGCAAAGACCCAAAGGGAGGUGAGAACCUGGACAGACUCAAGGCCUACUGCCAGAGGAUGGGACUCAUGAGUGAGCUGGUGGUUCCGCCCUUGUCCGAUAAAUGUUUCAAGCAAAUUAGUGGCUGAAGAGAACCGGCCUCUCCCUCUCCAGCCAAGGACCCUCCUGUUCCUGACGCUUCAGCCCAGAAGCCAUAACUGCUGGUCUCCCACCGCUUACCCCCCCUUCCUCAUUUGCAUUGCCCACCUUCCUUUCCCUUCCUGGAAAUAAAGAGAUUACAACUUCCCCACUUUAUUAGCCACGUUUUUUGUGGGGCUCCCGCAAGGCCUUCCGACUUCCUGAUCAUGCAGGAAACCGAAUGUGCUGGAAAAAUGCAGAAGCCAGCUUGAAUUAAAUCGAUCUCCAAGCCUGUACUUUUGAUCCGCUCGGAGAACUGAAUUUUCCUGAGAGGGGCACAAAGUUAAAGUUAAAACAAUAGGAAAGUAAAGAGGGUAGAACUUCUGGAUGGCUUCGUCUUGUGAUCCGGCAGUCUUAUAAAUGAUGUAUUUUCUCCACAUAUAACAUUGCAAAUACAAGCUUUUGGUUUUACAAUGCACAUCAAAACAGGCACAAUGCACUUUAAAACAUCGAGAUCUUCCGAGAAGGAAUGUCAGAAUUAGAACCGAGUUCCAGCCCUAAACCUGCUCCUAAACCUGGUUAGAGUGGUCUAGAGUUUAAAUGCUGCCUGCUCAAAGGUCCCCCUUCUCUGAAGUCUGUGGAGCCGCUCAUGACCAUUAAAACUCUGUCACUGUCAUUAUUUUAUUUCAGUUGUGCCCGAGGUAGAAGGAUUUUGUGGUGUUUCCUUUGCAUAUUAAUA